AUGUCGGGGACAGCUGAAGAUGUGUCAGAAUCUCGCUGGGCAGACUCGUUUGAAUCAGAAUAUCUCCAAGAAUACUUGGGACGGAUCGUUGAAAAGCUGGGCAUCAAAGGUCCCAAGUUCUGCAUAACGUCUGGUUCAAAAGUGGGCGACAACUAUGUGGGUGUGGUUCAUCGCGUCAAAAUCGAGGGCCUGAGAAACAAACUACCAGUCGAAAUUCCAACAAUAUUUAAAAUUUCUCCCACGGAUGAAAUUAUUCGGGAAGUAUUGCAAGUCAAACAUUUAUUUUCGCGAGAACACGAGUUUUACUCCGAAAUCGUGCCGGUAUUCAAGAAGUUCUUACAAGCUCAUCACAAGACGUUAGAAAAUGUUCCAAAGUGCUAUUUUUCUACCAACAUCGAAUACAAGGAGGCCAUUUGUAUGGAAGAUUUGCAGUCGGAGGGAUUCGAGAUGCGUGACCGUAUAAAGCAACUGGAUUUUGCACAUGCAGCUCUUACCUUGCGUGCUUUGGGACGAUUUCACGCAGUAAGUUUUGCGCUUCGCGAUCAGAAGCCGGAAGUCUUCGCAAGAAAAAUAUCGCACAUUAAGGAAGCAGUCUUUAGACCGGAAGUCGUGGAGCACGAGAGUUUACUUGAGCGAUGUGAAAUUUUAGGCAAAAUGGUCACAAUGGCACUCGCAGAUGAGGAUCCGCGGUACACGAAAAGAUUUGCGGAAUUUCGAAAAAAUGUCACCAAGGACUUCGCAUGGCCAUUCGAAGGAAGUAACGCGGAACCGUAUACGGUACUGAAUCACGGGGAUUUAUGGACGAACAAUUUGCUCUUCAAGUAUGACAAGGACCACGGGGAACCACAGGAAGUAUACUUUUUGGAUUUCCAAAUUGUGCGUUACGCAUCACCUGCGUCAGAUAUUUCGUACCUGCUAUUCUGCAGCUGCAACCAAGAGUUGAGGAACAGGCACUUCGAUGAGCUGAUAAAAAUCUACCACGAAUCGUUGUCAGCCUAUCUUUCUGAGCUUGGCUCUGACCCACGAAAACUGUUUCCGUAUGAUGAAUUGUUGAGGCAAAUGAGAAAAUUUAGCACCACCACCGGUAUUAUGGCUAUGCUGAUUGUUCAGGCUAUAACGAGCCAAGGAGAUGACGUCGUGGGUUUCGGGGCAAAAAAUGAAGACCUUGCAGGUUCAGAAAAACGAAUUCAGAGAGACUAUUUCUGGCGGAAUACUUUGAGAGACAUUUACAAAGAUAUGAUUGACAGAAACUAUAUUUAACGUAGUGUUUGCAAGAUUUUUUAUGAAAAUUUUGAUGAUUUUGGAU